AUGAGGAGAACCCUUUACAUAUUUAAUCAUCUAUAUUCUCAUGAUUUGUUGGUCAAGAAAAUUACAGAACUUGGUUAUUCGUGCUUCUACAUUCGUGCGAAGAUGGUUCAAGACCAUAGGAACAGAGUGGUUUGCACUGAUCUCUUUACUCGUGGGAUUGACAUUCAAGCUGUGAAUGUAGUGAUUAACUUUGAUUUUCCUAGGACUUCCGAGUCGUAUCUACACAGGGUGGGCCGAUCAGCACGGUUUGGACACCUUGGGUUGGCUGUGAACUUGGUAACAUAUGAGGACCGUUUCAAAAUGUAUCAGACUGAGCAGGAACUCGGCACCAAAAUCAAACCAAUUCCUUCAAAUAUCGAUCAAGCAAUCUACUACCAGCUAGUAAACCCUGUAUUCGCACGAGAAAAUGUUACCGCCCGACGAGAUACAGCUUCGAUGAAAAAUGGUGAGGUGUUCCUCAAGCUAGGAGGGGAUGCGUUAACAGAUACUUGGUGGUUCAUGUACAGACAGACUCGUUACAUAGAGUUUUAA